ACUCUCGUUGGAUUGCAUGGAAACAGUUGUCAUUGAUAUGUGUAAAGGUUCACGGGAAGCAUUCUAAUACAAGAUAAACCAUCUCUUUAACUUAUGGAACAGUCUUUGAAUAAUGCAAUAAGUCUGGUUUUGUUGAAAAGCAUAGAGUCUAGCUAUAGUUGGUAUUCUGUUUGUGUUAUUGGUAUUUGGCAGGAAUAAAAUGAGAGUUGCCAUGGAUUCUAAGAAUGUUGUUGCUUUUCAAGUUGUUACAUUUUGCUUGUGUUUGGCUGCUGCAAAUUCGAUUGAUUUCAGUUACCCUGCAGUUUUCAACUUUGGUGAUUCAAACUCAGACACAGGUGAACUUGCUGCAGCUAUGGGAUUUUUAGUUUCCCCGCCUAAUGGACAGAAGUACUUCAAAACCCCAUCUGGGAGGUUCUGUGAUGGACGUCUCAUUGUGGACUUUCUGAUGGAUGCGAUGAAAUUGCCAUUCUUGAAUGCCUACAUGGAUUCUGUGGGGUUGCCAAAUUUUCAGCGAGGAUGCAACUUUGCAGCAGCAGGUUCAACCAUCCUUCCAGCCAAUGCAGCAUCCAUCAGGCCGUUCAGCUUUGGGGUUCAGGUAUACCAGUUUCUGAGAUUCAGAGCUCUGUCUCUUCAAUUGCUUCAAGGAAAAAAAUUUGAUCAGUAUGUCCCUGCUGUAGACUCCUUUGAGAAGGGGUUAUACAUGUUUGACAUAGGCCAGAACGAUCUUGCUGGUGCGUUUUAUUCAAAAACAUUGGACCAAAUACUCUCCUCAAUUCAAGCAAUUUUAUUAGAAUUUGAAAGUGGAAUAAAGAAACUUUAUGAUAGCGGGGCAAGGAAUUUCUGGAUACAUAACACGGGUCCACUUGGAUGCUUGCCUCAGGUUGUUGCCAAAUUUGGCACUAAUCCAUCAACGCUUGAUGAACUAGGAUGUGUUAGUUCACCCAACCAAGCUGCCAAAGCCUUUAAUAUACAGCUUCAAGCCUUUUGCAGUAAAUUGAAAGGACAGUAUCCAGAUGCAAAUGUAACACAUGUUGAUAUCUUUACCAUAAAAUCAAACCUCAUUGCAAACUAUUCUAAAUAUGGGUUUAAACAAUCCAUUAUGGCAUGCUGUGGAUAUGGAGGUCCACCAUUCAACUUUGACAGCAGAGUUUCUUGUGGACUAACAAAGAUCUUGAAUGGGACUGAAAUAACAGCAAAAGGUUGCAACGACAGCAGUGUGUACGUAAGCUGGGACGGAACUCACUACACUGAGGCAGCAAAUCAACAUGUGGCAUCACAAAUUCUCACUGGAAACUACUCCACUCUUUUUUAGGGAGGCUAAAUGCCUUCCUUCUCUAGCUCAAGUUCUAAACCCUCAUCUGUUUAUUGU